GUUUAUGUUUUUGUCUGUCAAAUUUGAUCCAAUUCUCAUUUAUAUUUAGUGUUCUCGUAAAAUAAACAAAUGGCUGCCUCGCGAGCCAGGCGCAACAAUGCUGGCAACCGCAUAGCCACUCUUCUGGAUGAAGAAGAGGAGGAUGAUUUCUACAAAACUACCUACGGUGGAUUCCAGGAGGAAGGAGAAGACCAGGAAUAUGAACAAAAAGACGAAGAGGACGAUGUGGUUGACUCCGAUUUCAGUAUAGAUGAGCAUGAUGAGCCGGUAUCCGACCAAGAAGAGCCCGCGGAGAAGAAGCGUAAACGCGGCGGCGUCAACACAAAGGCUUACAAGGAGCCACCACCUGCCGCCAAAAAGGAAACAAAGUCCGUCCCGGCACUGCAUAAGAAGCGCGCCGGAGGCGGUGUGGCCAAACGUCGAGUGCGGCCGCGCUUUACUGUCCUCGACUCGGGUCGCAAGUCCAUACGCACAUCUACGGCCAUCAAAACACAGGCAACAAAAAAACGCCUGAAGGAAUUAGACGAUGCACGGAAGCGCAAGAAGAAGAAGGUUCGCGUUGAGGAUUACAUGCCCACACAAGAAGAACUGCUGGAGGAGGCCAAAAUAACCGAAGAGGAGAACAUCCUCUCCCUAGAGAAAUUCCAAAAAAUGGAAUUGGAGAAAAAGAAAACGCGUCCCACCAAGCGCAUUUUCAAUGGGGCAACUAUACGUUACCAUUCGCUAACUAUGCCAGUGAUGCGGAAGCCCACUCGGGGCACUACCUUACCGCAUGAUCCGAACGAUCCAGCCUCAAAGUGUGAGCGCACGUUCGUCACCAUCGAGAACGACUUCAACGACAAGGUGUUCCAAUCGAUUUGCCGAUCCAAGCCCCCGCCCAAACCCUCUAGUGGCAUCUGCCCCAUCACCAGAUUGCCAGCACGCUACUUUGAUCCGGUCACACAGCAGCCAUACUACAGCAUCCAGGCCUUUAAGAUACUGCGCGAGGCCUACUACAUGCAACUGGAGACACAGAGUGGCAACAGUGAUCAGCCGGAGAUGGCCAAGUGGCUGGAGUGGCGCAAGAUGGUGAAGGAGAAUCGCUUGAAGACAUUGUCAGCGGCUACAAAAAAGAACGGCGAUACAUAGAACGGCUACCGCGUUUAUUAAUUAACAUUCUAACAUCAUUGAUCGUGUACAAAACGGGGCACAAAAUGGAAAACAACGAUUCGUCUAUAAAACUUAACAUCCAACUACCCUA